AAAAGAGGUGGGUCUAAAUUAAUGAUUCAGUACUAACUUUCCCUAGCCUCGGCGCAGCUAUAAAUUGCGCUCUCUGAGACUCAAGAAAGACCCCGGUCGAAAACUUUCAUCUUCAGUUUUCUAGCCGCGGCCGUCGCGAUGAAGUCACGCGCCGGCACGCCGCCCGUCCUGUACUCGUACGCGUCGAUGCAGCAGCGGAGCGGCGGCGGCAUGAGGUGGCGCGAGUGCGUUGCCGUGCUGGGCGCCGCGGCCAUGGUGGUGUUCGUCGUCGCCCACUCGCUCCUCCCAGGGGCCAGGGUGGGGGAUCUGGGCGACGUGGUUAGCCCGGUGCUCCGUCUCCGGAGAGCCAGGCGGGAGGAGGCGGCCAUGCCGUCGUCGGAGAAGACGGUGGGGGAAAUCGGCGAUGAGGCCGAUGGCUUCCCGUGGAGCAACGCCAUGCUGCAGUGGCAGCGCACCGGUUACCAUUUCCAGCCGGACAAGAACUACAUGAACGCUGCCUUUUUUGCUGUCUUUUUGUUUGUUUGCUUGGCGGAGAAAGAAACUGACCACCUUUUGCUUACGUGCUCCGGCGACAUGCAUGCAUGUAUGCAUGCAGAUCCAAACGCUCCAAUGUACUACCGUGGAUGGUACCACUUCUUUUACCAGUACAACCCGGAGGGUGUCACGUGGGGAAACAUCUCGUGGGGCCACGCCGUGUCGCGAGACAUGGUUCACUGGCACCACCUACCCCUCGCCAUGGUGCCUGACCGAUGGUACGACAUUAACGGCGUUUUGACGGGCUCCGCCACCAUACUUCCCGAUGGCAACGUCGUCUUGCUCUACACAGGGAACACCGACACGCUCGCCCAGGUACAGUGUGUUGCCGAACCUGCAGACCCUCAUGACCCUCUCCUCCGCACCUGGAUCAAGCACCCCGCCAACCCGGUCCUCUUCCCGCCCCCCGGGACAUACAAAAAGGACUUCCGUGACCCCAUGACCGCAUGGUUUGACAAGUCCGACAACACAUGGCGCACCAUGAUCGGGUCCAAGGACAAUAACGGGCAUGCUGGUAUCGCCCUCAUGUACAAGACAAAAGACUUCGUCAAGUUCGAGCUCAUCCCGCGUCCGGUCCACCGCGUCGAGGGCACCGGCAUGUGGGAGUGCGUCGACUUCUACCCUGUUAGGGGCAAUAGCAACUCAUCACAGGAAGAGUUGUACGUCCUGAAGGCGAGCAUGGACGAUGAACGACAUGACUACUACGCAUUGGGAAAGUAUGACGCAGUGACCAACACAUGGACACCGCUGGACCCAGAAGCAGAUGUGGGAAUCGGACUGAGGUACAAUUGGGGAAAGUUAUUUGCGUCCACGACAUUCUAUGAUCCGGCAAAGCGGCGACGUGUGAUGUGGGCGUAUGUUGGUGAGACAGAUUCCAACCGGACCGACCUCGCCAAGGGAUGGGCAAACCUCCAGGCGAUUCCGAGGACGGUGGCGCUGGACGAGAAGACCCGGACGAACCUCCUCCAAUGGCCGGUGGAGGAGAUUGAGACCCUCCGUCAUAAUGCAACUGACCUCAGUGGCAUCACCAUCAGCACUGGCUCCGUCUUCCCCCUGCAUCUCCGGCAAGCCGCUCAGCUCGACAUAGAGGCCUCCUUCCGCCUCAACACUUCUGACAUCGCAGCCCACAACGAGGCCGACAUCGGCUACAACUGCAGCACUAGCGGUGGUGCCACCAACCGGGGUGCGCUCGGCCCCUUCGGCCUCCUCCUCACCAACGGUCACAGUGAACAAAUGGCAAUGUACUUCUACAUGUCUAGGAGCCUUGACGGGGACCUCCGGACCCACUUCUGCCAUGACGAGUCGCAGUCAUCGCUGGCCAGGAAUGUUGUGAAGCGUGUGGUGGGCAGCACUGUUCCGGUGCUCAACGGAGAGGCCUUAUCUGCUAGGAUUCUUGUGGAUCAUUCCAUUGUGGAGAGCUUCGUUAUGGGCGGGAGAUUGACGGCGACGUCCCGAGUGUACCCGACUGAGGCCAUCUAUGAGGCGGCUGGGCUGUACGUUUUCAACAAUGCUACCGGCUCCACUCUCAUCGUCGAUAAGCUCGUGGUGCAUGAGAUGCAUUCAACACCGAUGCAACUAGAUCUUUUUGCACGAGAUUAACUUCCAACCGGUUUCUCUUUACUAAGUUUGUUUUCUGAUUAUUUUUUUCUAGUUCUGUCAGACGGAUCAUACAUUGUUACUGUCUGCUCGUUUAUGCAGCAGAUCAUAAUAUUUUGCAUUGUCCAGUGGGUAGCAAGCUGGACAGUA